UCCUGAAUCAACCCCCGUGCUGAAAUGUCAGGCAGGCAACCCAAGAGACCACAACACAAUAGUGCUCACACCACAACGCACGGUAACAAUAAGCCAACCUUAUGGGAUUAUUUAUAUACACACAUAUGCCUUUUUGACUUUCCCAUAGAAACACGAGGUCCGACACUUUUGCCAUGGGACGUGGCUCGAGUCGUCUCGCAUCCUGGCACGGGCCAUCUGCAAAUGUGUCAUAAUGGCAGCAAUGAGACGACCAGCUGGGCGCUCAGCUUGAUGUCCGUUUUCAUGAUUGCUCCCUGCGGUCGCGGCACUUCUAAAGUUGCAGCUAGAAGGAGCCUCGGAAAACCGUAUCAAAUUGAUGGACUCCUUCUCACCAAGGUGGUCUUACGCAAUCCCACAUCUGCGACAUAACGGAGCGUGACUAAACAUCGCCCUACUAUAAGGAGGGUCCAUGCAAUUCGAUAGCACACAUGGAAAUCUUUUGUGAUCACAGAGGUACAAGGUAACGAAGAAAAAAAGAUAUCAGCGUCUAGUUAUAGUAAAUUAUCUUAUAACUAAUAAUUAUCCUUUUAUAAAAAUAACGAGAACAAUAGCAAAAAUUCAAUAAAGUUAUAUUCUGUGCACAGUGA